AAUCGCCCUUAUAUUCUCUCUCUCUUGGAAACAGUUUUUACACACCUGGGCUGACCUGGGCUGUCUAUGGUGUAGCUUUAGACCUCUACUGGGACUCUUUAAUACAAUAUUUCUACAACAACAGCAAUAAUAAGAAGAAAGUAUUUCAAUAUCAAUCCCAGCUCUUAAAAUAAUGCUCUUAUGUGAAGUAAUACUGUUAAUACUGAUUUAAGCAGUCCGACAACAUACGUGAUUGCAUUUACGGCAAAACCACAACACAGGGCCAGGUUAGGGGACAUGAAUGGUCAAAUUUGGUUUAAAAAAUGUGAAUUUUGACAUUUUCAUUGGACCCAGAUGUAAACAACAGUUGUCUUAAACUUGAUUAUUUCAUUUCAUUCCCUUGUGCCACACCCUGUAUAGUAUAUAUCCUGUAUCGGGAUGGACGAUCAGAGGCAGCUGUCUGCAGAUUCUUCAGGUCUCUUUAAAACAGCAGCACAUUGACUGGUGGGGGUCCCCAUGUUAAUCUCUAUCACAAUAUGCUCCUUGAGAGCCGCCUGCUCUGACGUUUUACUAAACGCUGUGAGUGGAGUGUCCAGAAAAGCACUGUAUAAAUACCUGUCCCAGAGGGCAGCAGCAGAGCACUCUGGGACAUGAGCAUCGGGUCCUGGUAGAGUGGGUCUGUCCUCCGCCCUGCCUGUCUGUGCACCCUGACCCCUCGCCCCCCACCAUGCUGUGGACAGUGCUCCUCGCCGCCCUGCUGCUGCUCGUCCUCCUCCAGUCCCAGGUGUGCGUCUGCCUGCGGGAGCUGCGGCAGAGCGCCCCCGUCAGCAACGCCACCCAGAGGCUGCCCGGCGCCAUCAUCAUCGGGGUGCGGAAGGGGGGCACGCGGGCCCUGCUGGAGAUGCUGAACCUGCACCCCGACAUCGAGGUGGCCAAGGCCGAGGUCCACUUCUUCAACCUGGACGACAACUACCGCCGGGGCCUGGGGUGGUACCGCGCCCAGAUGCCCCUCUCCCUGCCCGGGCAGGUGGCCGUGGAGAAGACGCCGGGGUACUUCACGGCCCCCCAGGCGCCGGCGCGGGUGCGGGACAUGAGCCGGGACGUGCGGCUGAUCCUGAUCGUGCGGGACCCCGCCGAGAGGCUGGUCUCGGACUACACCCAGGUGCUGCACAACCGCCGCGAGCGCCACAAGCCCUACCAGCCCCUGGAGCAGCUGCUGAUGCGCGACGGGCAGCUCAACACCAACUACAAGGCCAUCCAGCGCAGCCUCUACCACCUGCACCUGCGCAACUGGCUGCGCCACUUCCCCCUGGAGCAGAUCCACGUCGUGGACGGCGACGCGCUGAUCCGAGACCCCUUCCCCGAGAUCCGGAAGGUGGAGAGCUUCCUCCACCUGGCGCCCAGGAUAGCCCCCUCCAACUUCUACUUCAACCAGACCAAGGGCUUCUACUGCCUGCUCUCGGAGGGGCACGACAAGUGCCUGGACGAAUCGAAGGGGCGCCCCCACCCAGAACUGAGUGCUGACGUCCGACAGGCGCUGUGCCAGUUCUUCAGGGAGCCCAGCCAGCGUUUCUUCCAGAUGGUGGGGCGGACCUUCGACUGGUGCUGAUGCCCAGGGGCCCCGCAGAGGCCACGCAGCCAGGGCCCCCAUCGAGUACAGGCCACAUGUGGACACGCAACCUCAGAGGAAGUAGAGGAAAUGAGUGGAUGGACACGCAAGGGUGCGCGGACACGGAAAUCAGAAAGCAAAUCUCAUCGACAACCCAGCUCUGGAAACCUGUGUUUGGAAACCCGGGAAAAACUCAUGAGUCUUGCCUUCUGAGUGACAGCCAGAGCCCGGGUCUUCCCUUCUCUUUGCAUGGCUCCCUGACAGUGUCCUGCCAGCUUCUCCAGCUCGGGAUGAGCUCUCCGGAGUCUUGCACAGCACAGACGGCUGUGCAGGGUAUUGAAAUGUUUCCGCUGAGGUGAUGUCUGUGCUAGACUAGAAUCCUGGUGCUGGGGGCCCAGACGCCUGCUGGGUUUCCUUCCAGCCGAGCUCACCCCUAUACAAUUGACCCCUUCAUGGACUCAACAAUAGGAUUAGUUCAAACCGCUUGACUGCUUUCAGCACUUAAACGUCUUAAACCUUCAUCCCUUGAAAAUGCCCUUUAACUACAGCACUUCAUUAACAAAAUAAAAUCCCCAACCCUUGAGUAGAAGAUCCAACUCAAGCAACUCGUUAGUUCAAUUAAGGCUUCAAUUAGGUAAUUCAGCUCAGCUGGAAUGAAAACAGUAGGUCUGUGGUCCUGUGGGACCAAGAGUAAGAACCCCUGGAAUAGAAUACAAGCGUGCACCAGCCAGGUGGGCUGUGGACGUAGUGGGAAGUUAGGGUUUUUUGGAAGAGUCCCUAGAAAGACCAUUUAAUGGCCACUCAACUCAAAGCGCUUUACAGGUAAUGGGGACUCCCCUCCAGCACCACCAAUGUGCAGCAUCCACCUGAAUGAU